AUGGUUUUAAGAAGAAAUUUAGAACAAGCCUUGAAAGACUUGGAAACUAGAAUUAAGGAAUUAGAACAAAAUAACGAAGGAUUACAGUUACAAUUCAACAAUUUAGAGGAAAAGUUCAAAGAGCGAGAAGAAACCAAAACAAAACAAGAAACUAUUAAUAAUUUGGAAGAAAAACGACUAGCAAAGGAGGCAGGAAUACGAGUAUUAGAGCAAACACUUGGAGUAAGUCAAGGAUUUGCAAGAAAUUUUAAUGAUAGAUUCUUUAAUGGCACAAUUAGAUUUUGGAACAGAAACAAAUAA